AUGCCAGGAACGAGCUGGGAUAUGAUACCGGCAUAUCCCAUAACACGCUAUAGCAAAGGGUCGGGACUCAUCCUGGCACAGCCGCGGACGGCGGCGAGUGACCACGAGACAGGUCUUAGCGUGUUAGACGCGGCGUUAAUGGUUCUGUCUCGCCUAAGGUGCCUGAACAGCCACGCCCUUGCAAAUGCCCAGAUCUGGUUCUUGAAAGAAGCUGUUGAUUGGCUGCUGGGGCGAGGAGGCGCACAGUCCCGACACCACAUCCGCCGACAUGCGGUGGACGGUAGGACAAAGGUUGAUGAGACUGGAAAGACGAAGUCUAGCAAUAGUUUCGAAGUCUGCAGUUGCUGGAUUGAAGCUGAAGAAUUGCCAGUUGAGGUUCAGUUAAAAGAGAAGUGGGGUAACAUUCUGUGUGCCUGCCAGUGCCGCGGCAAGAGCGAACGGGGCGCCGAUGUUCUCCACCCAGCCGUACCUCAGGGAAGGGGCCUGUUAGGUUAG